AUGAAUCUGUCCGGUGUGAGUAACUCCACCUCAGGUUGGGGUGAGAACAGUACGGAGGUGCCAGUAGUGGAGAGGUUGGAACUGGGCAUCGGGGCGGAUAACAUCGCUGCCCUCCUGGUGUUUGGCCUGAUCUUCGCGCUCGGUGUUCUCGGGAACUCCGUGGUGAUCGUGGUUCUGACACGCAAUCGUCCAGGUGGCACCACCAACAUCUUCAUCCUGAACCUGAGUGUGGCUGACCUGAGCUACCUGCUCUUCUGCGUGCCCUUCCAGGCCACCGUGUACGUGCUGCCCACGUGGGCGCUGGGUGCCUUUCUCUGUAAGUUUACUCAUUACUUUUUCACCGUCUCCAUGCUGGUCAGCAUCUUCACGCUCUCCGCCAUGUCUGUGGAUCGCUACGUGGCCAUAGUGCACUCGCGCAGCUGCUCCAGGGUCCGCGUGGCCCGACACACCCUGCGUGCCAUCCUUGUGAUCUGGGUGCUGUCGAUGGCCAUGGCAGCACCGGUGGCACAUUACCAGAACAUUAUAGAACGCGAGCACAACGCCACCUACUGCUGGGAGCUGUGGCCCGACGUUCAGAACCGAAAGAUCUACGUGGUGUUUACUUUUGUGUUCGGGUACGUCCUGCCACUGCUGCUCAUCUGCUUCUGUUACGCCAGGGUGUUGAAUCAUUUACAGAAGAAGUUGAAGAAAUCUGAGGAGUCGAAGCGAAAGACGGCUCAGACGGUCUUGGUGGUGGUGGUGGUGUUCUGUCUCUCCUGGCUUCCUCAUCACAUGGUGCACCUCUGGGUGGAAUUUGGGACGUUCCCUCUGACCCAGGCAUCGUUUGUGUUUCGUGUGGUCGCUCACUGCCUGGCUUACAGUAACUCCUCUGUUAACCCCAUCAUCUACGCCUUCCUGUCUGAAAACUUCCGCAAGGCCUACAGGCAGGUGUUCAGGUGCCAGCGGAGGGCGCCGGCCAACGACAUCAGGGGGCUCCGCAGUAAAGCCGAAAUGUCGCCCUCCACCAACUGCACCACUGUGGCUAUAAGUUCACGCGUCAGCUACAUCAGCAUGAUCGCUUCAAGUACUUCAGUACUAAACAAUGAAUAUUGGAUGAGAUUGGAGAUGUGGGAUCAGGGAGGGCAGUCCUGGUCGCAGUGGCCUCUGAGCCAGCAGCAGUGGAUGCAGUCCUUUCAACACCAACAAGAUCCAGGUCAGGUGGACUGGGCAGCAUUAGCUCAGGCAUGGAUUGCUCAGAAAGAGUCGACUGGUGGGGUGAUGGAGCAGCAGCCCAACGGACAGGAUGCUAACAAUCAUAACAACUAUCAGACUGAUCCUGGAUUUAACAGAAUGUGGCAGCCAGAUUGGGGAAUGCAGAGUCAGCCUCCACCCCCUCCUCUUCCUCCUCCUCCUCCACCCACUGUGGAUCAGACGUGGAUCCCUCCAGCUCCAGCACCCAUGGAUAUCGUUAAUCCUUCUGAGGACAGUAACAGUCAGAACAGUCCGGAGUUCCACAGCGAUCCACAUCACGGCUUUAACCAGAACAGUCACAGCUUCAGUAACCAGCCUGAACACUUCCCUGUUCCUUCCAUACCAGUUAACCAGUUUGAUUAUCAGCAUGGAGCGUUUGCGCCCCCAAACACUGCUUUCCCCCCUCCAUUCUGGCCUGACGGAUCCCAGAACAGACGCGACAGACUUUCAACAUUCAGGCCGGAACAUCCCAGAUCACCUGUUCAAAUGGGAAUCAAACCUCCAGAAGCUCCAGUUAUUGAUGCUGUGAAGAGACGCACCCUGCCGGCGUGGAUUCGAGAGGGACUUGAGAAAAUGGACCGAGAGAAACAGAAGAAGCUGGAGAAGGAGAGGCUGGAGAAAGAACGAGCAGAAAUGGGCAGCAACGAAAACGACGACGACGCACCAGAGGAAGAGGGAGAUGAAGCUCGGCUGCCACGAAAGAGCAAAUUCGACAGUGAUGAUGAGGACGGGGAGGGUGAUGAAGGUGAAGCUGCAGAGACGGGUGUGUCAGCAAAAAUCUCAUCUCCUGCUAAUGAGGAGGAGAGUGAACCUGAAAUGACCGAAGAGGAGCGGGAGUUCCAGCUGAUGCUGUUGACGAAAACUCUGUUGACUGAGGUUCUGCUGGAGGUGACAAAUGAGGAAAUUCUUCACGUGGCCGUGGAGGCUCAUCGCAAAGCCGGCAAAGCUCCUGCAAAACAGCUGGCACAGUCCAGUGCACUGGCUUCUCUAACCUCACUCGGACUGGGAGCGUACGGAUCAGAUGAGAGUGAAGAUGAGGAGCGCAGUGUCAGGGGAUCAGAUUCAUCCGACACAGAUGAAGAGGAGCUGCGGCAUCGGAUUCGGCAGAAACAGGACGCCUUCCGCCGGAAAGAACAGGAAAAACAGGACCACGAGGAGCAUACUAAUGCUAACACAGAAGCUUCAGAGCGAGCGAGCAGAGAACGCGAGCAGGAGAAUCACGAGGAUGAGCAGCCAGAACACAAACACAAACAGGAAGUGAAGGAUAGAGAGGUGGAGUCAGGUCAGAAAUCAGAAGUCAGGGAAGCCAAGCGUUCAGGGUCGUGCCGCAGCCACACUUCCUCCUCCAGCUCGUCUUCCUCCUCCUCCUCCACAUCCUCUUCUUCUUCCUCAUCCUCGUCCUCCUCCUCACGUUCUUCCUCCCCACGCAAAAAGAGGAGGCGCAGUCGCUCGGCCUCACGCAGCAGGCGCAGUCGGAGUCGCAGCCGCAGCAGGAGUUCCCGCAGGAACCAGUCAGAACGCAGAGAGAGGAGGCGGAGCAGCAGGGAUCGGAGCUCCGCCCACUAUAGGAAGCGCAGCCGUAGCGGUGACAGGCGUCGCAGUCGUAGCCGCAGCCGAAGAAAGAGAUCGCGCAGCCGAGAGCAGGAAAGGAGGAGGGAGAGGAGCCAAAGUCGUGAGAAAGAAAAGAAAAAACGAGAGAAGGAGCAAGAGAAGAGAAAAGAGAAACAGAAAACCAGAGAAAAAGAAAAAGUCAGGGAGCGAGAGAGGGAGAAAGAGAGGGAGAGAGAGCGAGAGAGAGAGAGGGACACUAGCACAGCCAGAGAGGAACAGAGCAGAUCGAAGAAGAAACAGCGAGAGAGCGAUGGAGUUUCCCGACAGGACAGCAGGUCCAGCAAAAAGAGCUCGACCAAAUCCAGCAGGAAGUAUUCGGACUCUGAAUCCAGCCGCUCCCGCUCGCCCGAAUCUAGCAAAGGCAAGAAAUCCAAAAAAACUAAACGUAGUCGAUCACGCUCCACAGAAAAAUCACACAAGUCUGGUAAGAAGGCAAGCCGCAAACACAAGUCUAAAUCACCAUCAAGGUCGGACUCUCCCAGCCGUCGCCGGCGCUGACGACUUCUCCGUUUCUGUAGUUUAUUUUUAAUGGUGUGUUUGGUUGCAGAAGCAGAGCUGUAGGUGAAAUUCUACACUCAGUGUAAAUAAAGCAAUUCUUUUAUAAGUCAUGUCUGGAACACAGGACCUUCUGAAGCAUGAGGAUUUUUCUGCUGUAUUAUGAGAGACUCAGCAUUAAAAUCAUUUAGAAAUCUGGAACUGUAAUAUUUUAAACCCACAUUUAAUGUAAAGUGUCCAAUAAAACAUGGAUUUUCUGUCCA